CUGUCUGUAGAAAACGCCCAUUCGUCCUCCUUCCUCCUUCGUUCCUCCUCUCUGCCUGGCUAUCGCCUUCUUCUCAAUAGCAUUGACAGCGCACUUACCCACACUCGAUCUCUCACACUCGCCAGGGACGAUAUGUUAGUUACAUACCCUCACACCCAUACACACACACACCCAUACACACACACACGACACACAUUGCGUCAAGGUCCAUCCGGUCCCUCCUGUCCCUCCCUCCCUCCCUUCCUCCCUCUAUGGAACAUUCUUAUCAAUUGCAUACACAGCCUCUCAUCAAGCAGCAGCAGCAAAAGCAGCAGCAGCAGCCAACAGACGACAUAUGUAGCGAUCAGCACGUCACACGCCGCACCGAACGGCACACCAGCGUCGUGUGCCUGCGCGGCCGGCGCGUGUGCUUUGCACCGCACACACAGGACAUACAGAAAUCUACACCCCCUCUCUCUAUAUCUAUUUCUCUCUCCCUCUCGCCCCAGUGAGUGAGUGAGUGAGUGAGUAUGUGUGGUGUGCGUGGUCCAUCUACGCGGUGGCCUCGGUGCCGCUGACGUCCUCCUUCUCCUCGCCCCCCUCUCCCUCCGCUGCCGCCGCCACGGCGGCAGCCUGCUUGUGUGCCAGCGUCGCUUGGUGCUCCUCAACGUCAGUCGUCGACGCGUCCGCACUCCUCUCGCUACCGCCCACAGGGCCCUGGGUGGCCUCGGCCUUGCCCGACGAAGGGGAGGCCGAUGGCGUGACCUCCUUGACGGCGACGACGACCUGCCCCUCCCAAGGCCCCUUGCCCUCCCCCUCCCCCGCCCCCUUGUCCUGCCCUUGCUCACCGCAGCCGCCCGCCGCACACUCGGCCUUGAUCGGGGCGGCGUUGGCCGUCACCACUGGUGCCGGUGGGGGUGGGGAUGGUGUGGUGGUGUCGACCUUUCUGUGCUGGUUGCCGCCCUGUGUGGUGUUGCUCGGCUCCUCUGGCUUGGUGUUGGUGGUGGGGGUGGGGCUGGUGUCCUUCGGUGCGAUGGCCUCCUGCUGGUGGUGGUGGUGGUGGCGGUUCUCGUCCUGCUCGUCAUCGUCGGGUCCGUCGUCUUGCAGCACCGCCGCAGUGCUGUCCGUCUCGCCCUUGUGGUGGUGCCUCUCGCUGGCCCGCCUGUCGGCGGCAGGGAGUGGCGCAUCCUGCUCUGUGGACAGCGCAGGGGCCGGUGCGGGUGUGGGUGCCGACUCCUUCUUGUCGUCCUGCUGUGUGUGCGUGGUGCCGUCCUCCUUGGUGGUGUUGUUCUCUGUGGUGAGUUGCGGUGCCUCAGUGUCCUGGUUGUUGUCCUCUUCUUCCCUGGGUGCGGGGAAAGGGGGCUCGGUGACGGGCGGGGAGAUGUCCCACUUGGUCUGGGAGGCCGCAAGGGGGCUCAGCAGCUCGGCCACCGACGCCCUGUCCUCCUCCUGCUGCUCCUCCUUGCGGAUCGUGAACGACACACCCGUGUAGUCCUCAACUGAGAGUUGAGACACCACCACACACACGCAGACAGACAGACAGACAGACAGACAGACACGGACAAUUGCAUGGGCGCCUCCGUGUUUUGCCGCAUGUGUCUGUGUGUGUGCGUACUUACCCCAGUAGUACCACUGCGUUUCCGCCCUGAGUUUGUAGAAUUUCUCGCUGGGGCGUGUCCGCACCCAUGAACACGCGCUUCGACACCCAGUGCGUCGGCUGGUGGUGAUCACACACACAACAGACAACACAAUGCACACAAUGGACAUGCCCGAGGUCUGAUCUGAUCUGCCUUCCUCUCGCUCCCUCCCUCCCGCUCGUCUGUCUGCUUUGCUCACCGCUGGAGAAUCCCCACGUCAUGGCUGCCGCCGGCUCACACGACCCAACACGCCGCUGUCCACACAAACGCCACGCUACACUCGCUGCUCUACGCUGCUGGCUACAGAAAACCCGAUACGGGAGUGGCGAUAGGCAGGGCCGCCACAGACGCUCAACUCGCAGAGGACACGGCGGACAGGCGGCGUGAGAUGGCAAAAUCGCCAGUCUCCA